CAGAAGGCAGGUGCCGUUACAAAUGGUUAGACUUCCCCGUGCGUGACGUCAUCAUAUCACAACCAAAACAAACAUCAAGGCAUGGAGGACGUUGGUAUAGGUAGUGGAUAGACCACACCACAACACUGAAGGGAAGGAGGACCUAUCAAGUGAUGAAAAGCAGAAUAGGUCACAAGACGAAGAAGAAGAAGACUGACAGAGCAGCAGUGUUGUGUGUGAGAGCAAGCAGUCUUGUGUGAAUUGGGUGUGCGUCAGCAGCCACAGGAUAAGUUGUGGGAUGCCAGGGGGAGGAAGGAUGGGGGGUGUGGCUGUGACUUUCACCCACCGCCUCCUCAACACCCACAUAACAGCUCUGAGUGUGAAGGAAAAUUUAGUAUUUAUUGGUGAAGGCCAGCACUGCCAUGCUCAUGAUGUGUUGAGUGGGAGGCAAUUGAGCAGCACACAGGUGUUCUGUGCUGCUGUGGUGCACGGCCUCAGUGGUCAGGCCAGCCCAGCACAUGAUGGCUCCUGGCUUCUGCUGGUGUUUGGACAGAAAAGCUUGGCUGUGUUGCUGUUCUCUCCUGACCAAGAGAAAUUUUUUGUACUCUUGGAGGAAAGAAAUGUUGAAGACUGGAUUAUUGAUGCUGGUUUAGAGAAGGAUCUAGCACAUGUUGUGGUAGCUACUGGCCACAACUCUCUGCUACGAUGUGAAAUACCAGACUUAGCAGUAUGUUAUAAAAAUCUGUCAAAGAAGACAAGUGGUGAUGAGUUGCAUUCAUGUCCAGUAACUCAAAAGUCAAGGACUGUAAGUUUGGUGAGUGACAUUCACAUGUCUGAUAGGAAGGGUGACUUGUCGAUAGUGGCUCAGGCAGCAUGUGUGGAAAGGUGUGUGCUCUUUUCUGGACACCUGGUGAUGAUGACUGGCCACUGGGAAAGUGCUGUGUUGAUGGCUGGCACUAUGGCCCUGCAGGUCAUGGUUUGGGGACCAUGGGCUACCAGAGACAGUGAGGGCAAGGUACUGCCUCUACACUGCCUUGAAGGGCAUCAGGGCUCCAUUUUUUCCAUCACAUUUAGUUCCUCUCAAGGCCUCAUUGCCACCACUUCAGAUGAUCGCAGCUUGCGAGUCUGGGAGGUGAAACAUAAGGCAAAAAUCCUUCCUCCAAUCAACCCUGAAGAAGAGCAAGAGUACUGGAGGUCAGCUACAAUCAUUGAGAAGUUUGCAAGCUAUGGACACCGAGCACGUGUGUGGCGUUCACUCAUCUUUCCUACAUGGAUCAUCAGCGUAGGGGAGGACUCAGUGGUAUGUGUGUGGGAGCAUUCAGGGACCUUGGCAGCAUCCUGGAAUGGCCAUGAUGGUGCCAGCAUUUGGAGUGUGGCAGCAUGUGAGGAUCCUUUAGACAGACUCAUAACAGGGAGCAGUGAUGGUAGUGUCAAGUCUUGGUGUCUGAAUGCAGCUGUUCCAAUAAUUGCAAAGUUGAUGAGUGACUUGCCUUGGAAUGAUGAACAUUCUACUGAAAAAUGUUCAGAGGUGACCACAGAGUCAGUGGAAAAUAGCAUUGCUUUUAACAGUGGUAAAACAGAAGAAUAUAAUGUACCUGAAUCCCAUGAGCUAUUUGAAGAUAAUUGUAUAGAAAUACCAUCAUUGAGAAGAAAGCCAGUAGCUGUGGCAGACUUCCCAAGAUGCAUUUCACUAGUGGCAGAAGAUAUGGUUUUGGUGAUAACAAACAGUGGAAAACUCUACUCACACAAUCCUGAAACAUUUUGGCACUUGGAAUAUGAAGAUGAGAGAUUUAAAAAUUAUGCCAUCAUGGAGGCCAACCCUGAUGGCAGGUGUGUGGCUGUGGGCACCCUGGGUGGCACUGUGGUGAUCUUGCAGGUGGCAGAGAGGAGUGUGAGGCCUGAAGUGGAGGUUGUGGGAUCAUCAGGGAAGGUGUUUGCUCUUCAGUGGCUUACAAUGGACCGAAUCCUUGUUCUGGGCACUGUUGGUCUCAUGACCACAUGGGAAAUACAAACCAAAGAUAAAAGUAGAGACCAUACAUCAGUUCAUAAUGUUCAAGGUGCAGCAUGCAGGAUCAGCACACACUAUCUGCCAGUCAGCAUGCACCGUUGGUUGUGUGCUGUGUAUGUGACGCCCAUCAUGACCAAGAUAGCACCCCAGCACCUUGUUUGUGGCGACCGGGCAGGCAGCCUUCACCUCUAUGCCUUAAAUGAGCCCAAGCCCCAGCACAGCCUUCAGGGUGUGCAUGGCAAGAAUGGGGUAACAAGUGUGUUGUGCUGGCAUCGUGGAGUGGUGUACAGCAGUGGGCGGGAUGGGUACAUAAGGAGCCUCAGGGUGUGUGAAGGCCGCCUGCUGCUCCUUACAGCAACACGAGUUUCAGGGAGCAGCUGGGUCUCAAGGCUGAUUGCUGUGCAGGGAAAACUUUUGGCUGUCUGCUUUUAUGGGGUGAAGCUGAAACUCUGGAGUGUUGGUGAGGAACAGACUCUAUUGGAGGUAGAGUGUGGUGGUGCUCACCGUUCAUGGGACUUGCAUUUGUGUGGGACGAGAGGGUGGCUGGUAUGUACCUUUCUGAAGGAUGGCACCCCUUACACUUUCUCCACCUCUCUCAGCAACAGGAUGCUACCUCUUAUUAGGCCUGCGCUCCACACCCAAGAAACCAUGGAACUAAGGUUACCAUUUCAACACAGAAGAGAGACAGUAUUAUUGACAGCAGGAGAGGACACCACCUUGCGCCUUCAUGCCUUGCAACAGCAAGGGCAGCGGCAGAGCUUUGGUGUGGUGCGCAGCCACCUCUCUGGUGUGAGGGCCCUGUGUCUAAUAGAGGAGACACAUGUCACUAUGAGUGAUAAUGAUACUGUGUGGCUAGUUUCUGCAGGAGGCCGUGCUGAGUUGAAGGUGUGGGAGUGUAGUGUAAGUGAAUUUUCUGACCUGGCUAGUUAUUCAGCUUGUGACUUGUGUUGCUGUGAUGUGUGUGUACUUCCAUCAGGACAUGAUGUCUGCAUGGAGGGUGACUCCUCCAAGUUGCAGCCACAGAGUGUGAUCCUUCGGGAAGUUGGGUCCCACAUGCUGCGCACCGGUUGUCAUAGGAACUGGAAAAAACAGCACCUAACUUUGGAUCCAGAAACUCGCUAUAUGGGUGCCACUGCAUUCUGGGUCUCCUCAUCACAGGCUCUGGUGGCACUGGCUUCCUCUGAUGGAUUUUUGAGAAUCUUCCUCUUCUUACGUGAGUGUGAAAAGCUGUGGGAACCAUGUGCUGUGGAGUGUGGCAGCUGUGUGCUGAGUGUGGCUCAGCUCAAGGUUGUGACAGGGACUAUCCUGGUGACAUGUUCCACUAGUGGUCAUGUUACUUUCUGGGACUUGCAGGCUGUAGUAGACUGGAGUCUCUCACUUACUGCAUCAGAAGAUCUCAGUCACCAGCCUCACCAGCCACCACAACCACAAGAACUUACUCUUGUGGCUGCCCACCAGUCUGGGAUCAAUGCCAUAGCCUUCCAUUACAAUGCAGAUGACCCAAGCUGCAUCAUCAUGGCCACAGGUGGUGAUGACAACACAAUCAGUGUGUGGAAGGUGGUGGUGGUGGAAGGUGCUCAAGUGACAGUCAUUCAUCAGUGCAGUGUGGUUGGACAUGCUUCUCAGGUGUCAGGACUUGGUUGGCUUUCCGAAAACUAUCUGAUUAGUGCUUCCAUAGAUCAACGCCUAAUAGUUUGGAACUUUAAUAAGAAAGAUGGAGUGCUUUGGGAAGAUCCUAUAAAAUUCUGCAAUGCCAUAAGAGAAGACAGAGCUGCGGAGGAACACCAACUUUUGAUGCCUGUGGGUUGUCGCUUCACAGGAGUACCUGAUGUGAAGGGACUUAUUGUCUCUGAUGUGGAUGAGACUGAAAAUGUGGGGCACAAGAGUCAUAGGAUAGAUAAAAGAGUUUUUGUCUAUGGUAUGGGACUACAAGUUUUUGAUGUAUCCAUUACAAGCUUAUGAUGUUUUCAUAUGUUAUAUUUUUUAUAUUUAUACUCAGGGAGUGUGUGUCUUUAUGCCCAACAAGCCAUGUUCUGUUUUAUUUGUGAAUAAUUCUUCCUUUAAACAUAUGUUUAUGAAAAACUAUCCUCUCUCAGUGCAUAUAUUCACUAAACAUUCACUCUCAAUUCAUUAUUUAGAAUUUAUAUCCUUCUUCUCAAACAGUUUAUUUCCUUUCUUUAAUUCUACUUAUUCAUUAAGUUUGUAGGAUUUUCUUGCUCAUUUCUUAUUUAAAAAAAUUUUAUUUUAACUUUUUCUUUCUUGUCUCCAUACUAACUAGGAAAUACACAGACAAAAGGCACCCUUCAUUAAAAUAGUAAUAGGUUAGGAAAUAUUCCUACCCAUUUUUAUGCAUACACUCAUUGUAGACAUGACAAUCACAUAUUCUACACAACCUCUUCCACCAUAACUUUUAUCAGAACUUAUCCAGAUAUGUUACCUUCUAGUUCCUUCAUCUCAAUAGACUUUAUUUAUUUCUUAUUUUUUCAUAUCUUUAUCUCUCACCAAAUAUACUAAACUUAAUCAAAUUGCAUUUACUCUUCUUAUGCAUUUUACAGUUUCCUUUCUUUUUUGUUCUUUAUUAAUUUGCUUGGAUGAAAUAAUUAUACUAUCAAUUUUAUAAUUUUCUACUCUUUCACAGUUUUCCACCAUAUAUCAAUGAGAGGCUGUUGACAGAUGAAAAUUUUAGUGCACUAUUCAUGGAAAGGUUCAUGGCUGACAGUUGGUAAACAAGGUGCCUUCUUAUGCAUAGUCCACUGUUUCAAAUUAGUACUUAAAAAUGUAGUUGGCUUGGCUUGUAGCUUUUAUCAACUUUCCUUAAUCAAAUGUUAGCAAAAAGUUUCCUCUCAGAGAUACAGUUAUGUAUGCAAUGGUUACAUUGUUGAAAAAAUCAUUGGUAUGUAUGUAAAAAAUAUGCUUUACACAUUGCUAUGGGUAGCCUGUUACUCCAGUAUGAUAACAGAGGUAUCAGUAUAUUGAUGUAUUCUGUCAGAAUAUAUAUUUCUUUUGGUAGAUGCAUCAAAAGAUAUCUAAGA